UUCGUCGGCGGCGGUAGGGCGGCAGCAGCAGCCCACAGCGCGCAGCACCCAUGCUCAGUGGAGAGUCAGUGGAAGGAGCCCCCAGAUGACCGACGCAGACGUCUGGGAAUGACAGCCGCUGUCACCGAGAGUGACAGCUUUCGCUCUCUGUCGCCGCACCUUGACUAGCCUUGACUAGCCCCGGAGUGACGCGCUCUAUCAGUCGCACGCCAAAGAAGUGACACGGAGCCAGUCAGAACUAUGCCAGAGAUGGAGAAAGGGAGACCGCCGGAAAAUAAACGCAGUAGGAAACCCGCGCACCCCGUCAAGAGAGAGAUCAACCAAGAGAUGAAGACGUUUGCAGAGAGCACCAUGAAUGAGCUCCUAGGCUGGUACGGCUAUGACAAGUUGGAGCUCAGAGACUCCGAGGCCACCGAGAUAAGGAACUACCCCAACCGUGAGAGACGCCAGCAGCACGUUUCAGUUCUUAAAGAAAACUCGGUGCCCAAAUCCAAGAGCCUAGACAGCCCCGUGACACUGGCCAUGAGGGUUGGAGAGAGAGAAUCAUCCAGAGUCCCCUCUUCCUCCCCCGGUUCCUCCUCUCUGACCGGGGAGCAAAAGAGUGCCCCCGUAAUUGUCCCGCUUAUAAAGCCAUCUGCAGUGGAAGACGUGCAGAAUGUUCAGAUAGUGUGUGUGUGGUGUCAGAAGGAAGGGGUGAAGCGCUACUCUCUCUGUAUGGGCACCGAACUGAAGAGCUUCUGUAGUGAGAAGUGCUUCGCCGCCUGCCGACGGGCCUACUUCAAACGCAACAAGGCCCGGGAUGAGGACCUCCAUGGAGGGGAGAGGUCCCCCCAACACACCCAUGCCGAUGACUCACCACGACUGGUGCUGAAGAUGAACAGUGGAGGUGCCAGAUCUCUCUCGCCUGUACCGCAGGUGUGCAACUGGUGCAAGCACGUCCGCCACACCAAAGAGUACCUGGACUUUGGCACCGGUGAGGAGCGGCUCCAGUUUUGCAGCACCAAGUGUCUGAACCAGUACAAGAUGGAUGUGUUCUACAGAGAGGCCAGGGCCACUCUCACCAGCUCCAGCCCAGGAAGACCAGCCCAGGAGGGGAGACCCGAGUCCACCGGAGGGGUCCAGAACCAGAAGCUCCUGACCCCUGAAUCGUGGAGCAGCGACGCUGGGGACCUGAGGGGGAGGACCAGGUCGCCCAAAGGGCAGACGCCGAUCAAUGGUACAGCGGCACCAAGGACUGUUUCUCCAUCCGAGGCGUCAUCUUCGUCAUUGAAGGUUAACAUUUCAGGACUGAGGCACCUGGAGAGGCACGUCCUGCCACCAACCGUGCAGGUAGCGAGCCACCACCCUGCCCCCGCCCCUCCUCACCCACCCAUGGAGCACCACAAGGCCAUGCCUCAGAUCCCGCUGCCCUUCAUCCGGCCCCCUCUCCAUGCCCAGGGCCUGAAGAGCCCCCUGGCCAACGCCCCCAGGGGCCACCCCGGCCCCCCUUCCAGCCCCAUCCACCAGCCUCCCCCUCACUCCCCCCAUCACCCCCACCAACCCCACCUCCAGCCCCCAUCGGCCACCUCCAUGAACCCACCCGGAAUACACCCCUACUCGGGGGCCUACUUCCCAGGCUUGCACUCCCCCCCUAUCAACAUGAUGGGGCUCCGUGGCCCCGUGCCCAUGCUCCCUAUGAUGAACUUCGGGGGAUGGCCAUCCUUAGGCCCCUUCUUCCCCCAGCCCACGGUCCUGGUGCCCUACCCCAUCAUUGUACCAAUCCCAGUCCCCAUUCCCAUCCCUAUCCCCAUACCCAUACCCCCUAAAUCUGCUCCUCCAGAAGCCCUAGGUGUCCCCCACAGUGGGGUCAUCCAGCCUGUGCCGGAGGGGAUAGAGGGGGGACGCUCCAGGGGUGUCAAUUUGCCUUCUCCCGGGAGCUUGGCAGCCAACAGAUUGGGUAGAACCACCAACCAGGGUCUCCCCUCGCCCUCAGACCACGCCAGAAGGGACAUCACAGAUUGGGUGAAGUCGGAGAGGCAGGCUCAGUCACCCAUGUCGACCCCCCACAGUGCAGCGUCCUCCCCCAGGGCUCGCUACGAUGCUUCCCCAUCUUCCACCUCAGUGAUUGAGGGGCUGUCAGACUUUAAGCUGGGCCAGCAGCAGCAGCCAGAGAGGCAGGUCAUCCAGAGAGUGCUCCAGAGGACCCCGGUCAAGCUGGAGCCCAACCCCCACGGAGUGGUGGACCUGUCGGGUUCGGGUGAGCCCGGAGUGGGGCAUGGCACCAGGCUGGUGGAUACCAGAGUGGACCACCACAACCACCACCAUGACAUUAUCAAACCCACCCCUCCACUAACCCAGUCACCCCCUCCUCUGCACAACACUGCCUACCCCCAGUGCCCUAACAUACGACCCCCCCUCAGACACCCCACCAACUCCCAGAGGGGAAUGCAGCAGCCCUUUCUGCGAUACCGCCACCCCCUCAACGCCCCCCGGACGUCCCCAACCAAACAACACCGUCUUCAUCCCCCGACCCUCCUCCCAACCCAGACUCCUCCCAGUCUCAGAGAGAGGCCCCACCUCUUGGCCCUGACUCCGCCCUCAGUGAGCUGGAGGCAGUCAAAGAGAACAGCUGCUCCAAUGGCCAGGUCCAGGAGAGGGACCAGGGCCAGGUUCCUUCCCUCCCUACCAGCCAAUCAGAGGGGCCCUCAGCCGCUGGCGACUCCGAGGAUCCCCACGUCCCAGAUGAGGACCAUGCCUAUGCCCUGCCCACCCCCAACCUUACACCCACCAGAACGGGUGGUGCCCCCACCAACACCCCCACCACUCUCCUCCUGCCCAAGCUUAGGGACAAGGGUGUUCUACUAUGCCCACCGAGUGUGGCUGGGCCUGGGGACAUGGAGCCUGCUCUGAAGAGACGGUGCCUCCGCAUCCGAGAUCAGAUCAAGUAGGGAAGGGAGGCUCACUGUAUAGCCGUGGCAGAUCCAGUGCCCCGCCCUCUUGGGUACAUCACCAGCACCAACGCCCUCCCUCCAACCCAUUACUCAGCCAGUCAGCCACCUGGGAGAUCAACCCCACCCUUUUGACCACGAGGUGCCAAUCAAGGAAGCAGCCCAAUGGGAGAAGCAGUCCAAGAGUUCAAUGUGGACUUCCAGUACAUUCACAGCACAAGAGUGAGUGUGUGUGUGUGUGUGUGUGUGUGUGUGUGUGUGUGUGUGUGUGUGUGUACGCUGUAUGUACCUUUAUGUGGCAUUUCUGGACCUUCCCAAGGGACAGACAAUUCCAUCUCUGAUCUCUCCCAUAGUCCAGGAGCUUAUGAAGCCAGCCCAAAGAGCCCACUCAGCCCAGUUCCCAGAUAAAAUCCUCAGCCAUAGUCAGGGGCUCUACACUCCACUAGAUGGUAGGCUGCUAGGCUACGAUCAUCAGCCUUGUGUGGUCUUCUCCAAUGGAGCCUGAACCUGAUCUCUUUCCUGGGGAAACGGUUUGUUUUCUCUGCCCGGCUCCACACAAAGAGCCACAUUGUUCCUCUCCCCCAUAUCCCACACUGACUCUCCUACUCUGGUUUUGGGUUACCUGGCUAACAGGGGCUCAGGCUUCAGGAGGAGUUUGUCUUUUUAAAUUGUUCUGUCUGACGGAGGGCCAGGAAUAUGUGUGUACCCUUCUCCUUCUUUCCUGUCCUUUCCACCCCGCAGUCCCCUCUCCAAUAGUACACACACUAGUCCUAAAGUGCGACUCUGACACCAAUUGCUUGUUAAUGUCCUCUUCCCCUCCUAUUUUCCCCCUCUAGGGAUGGAGUCCCUUGGGGCAAUGAAAAAUAACUAACUGUAAACGAUGUAAUAUGAUAAUGAAAGAGAGAGGGCGCAAGUCCCAUAUAUCAUGAAAUCCACUAUUUGUGACUUGCCUGAGACCGGAAGACUUGUGUCAGCUCCCCAAAACUAAUGCCUAGGUUUUGGCUCAAAGGGCUAACACAGUCUUGUGGUGCGCCGGAGACCCAGCUUUCGAACCCAGUCAUAUGAUUUACAACACUGACUCGGCCAUGGGACAGAGGUAGAGCAUUUCAGUGUCCAAACCCACCCACUCUGUUGACACUUUAUUUUACUCAGAUGACUCCUUUUGGUGGGUUUGGGCAGUCAUGUUACCAGCCAUGGUAUUAUUUUGAACUGUCAAAGGCUGCAAAAAGCAGCUAUCAGUAUUACAGUUUCCCCUAGCCUGGGGGUUCAUAAUGAUGAUACUAACUACAAGCCUGGUCUCAGAUCUGUUCAUGCUGUCUUGCCCACUCUUCUGGUCAUUGUCAUGCCAAACAGCACAAACAGAUCUGGGAUUAGCCUGAAAACGAUCUAGUGGUAGCAUCAUCAUCUGGAGGCCUUGCCAACACUCAUCGUCACAUUGUGAUAAUUCACUUUUAGUUUUUGCUUUACAUAGACUUUGACUUUAUAUUAAUUUAUGAAUGAUGCCUUCGUAGAUUUCCAGAAAGUGCUUUAUUGAUUUUUAUUUUGAUCCUGAUUAUUAUACUGUAUUUCUUUUGUGAAGAUCUUACCAGUGUCCAAAUGUUUUGUUUAAAUUUGUCCACUAGAGUGCAGUGUCUGUCUUUGGAACAUAGCAACUGCCUGUCUCAUAAACCUUCUAUCAAUAACAUAGACAAUUGUUCAUUCAACCAUACAUUUAGUGCCAAUUAUAAGUCUUGUCUUUUUUCAUGACAGCCCAGUUUCAACAAUGCCUCGAUCUAUGCCUCGAUCCAGCCACAGAACAUCACCUAUUGCCAUCACUAUAGCCAAAGUAGAACAUUGCCACAACCAUAGAAAUACAAUUCCUAGAAGGAUGUCCCCAUUCAAGUCAAUGAGGCCAUAAUGGGUCAUUCUAUUUCUAUGGCCACAACAACAUUGCCAAGUCAUUGGCUGGAAAGUGGACUCCUUGCUGCGGGGGAGUGACCACACUGGCUUUCCAGGGUCUUUCUAUAGUCAUGACCUCGAAUAGCCUCCUGACACACACACACUCCCCUCUCUCGCACACCCACACACACACACCCACCCACACACACACACACACACACACACACACACACUCCCCUCUCUCGCACACCCACACAAACACGCACACACAUGCCUCUGCCAUCUCAAAACUGCAUUCCAAAAAGCACCUCAAUCAGCAUGUGUAACCAUGGUGAAAAGUAGCUCAUUCCAGUCAACAUGCUCACCUUAGGUUAUACCCUGUAGUGUCAUUAUAAUCUUAGUCUGGCCAAGGGACUGUGUCAACAACUAGUAUAUGAGUCAGCGGUGGCGUCACCUGGCAUCUCUCUAUACUAUCAGUCUUGUGAUAUCGGGGGUACUCCCCUAGCCAUACCUUAGUGCAGUGUUUCCCAACCCUGGUCCUCCAGGACCCCCAACAGUACACAGUUUAGUUGUAGCCCUUGACAAACACACCUCAUUCAACUCAUUGAGGGCUUGAUGAUUAGUUGACAAAUUAAUCAGGUGUUCUUGUCCAUGGUUACAAUAAAAAUGUGUACUGUUGGGGGUCCUGGAGGACCAGGGUGGGAAACACUGCUUUAGUGGCCAAGAAGUGAACAAAAAACUGCCAUGCUAUAUUGCACAUCUGCCUAUAGUAACUAACUCAAACCCUAACCAUAUAGUAUACUACACCUACAAUUACUGUCCCUUACCUGUUUAUUUAAUACUUUGGGGGAAAAUUGGGAAGAACAAAAAAAUGCUAAGUUGUCUGAAACACAUAGAUUGUGGACUAGGGACACUCAUUGAACAUGUAGGGCACCAUAUAAUUGACAAUUCACAGAUUGUUUGUAUUUAGGCCUAAAUGAAUAGGAUCAACUGGGAGCUGUUUGGUGGAAACCUAUUUGUAAAGUGAAUAAAGGCUAUUCUGAGAACAACAA